GGACUUUGUGAGACUUUCACUUUCUCAGUCACCAAUUCAACAAUAAAAGCCCUUCACCCGCCGCACCUUUUCCCCAUCUACGACCACCACAGGGCACCAGCCGCUCUCCGUUCAUACGCGCCGCCGCUGCAUUCUCCAUCCCUCCGCCGCCGUUUCUCACAUUUCCGAAAACUUCACCGAUCAAGUAGAAAUAUACCGAAAUCAGUUCACAUUCAUAAUUAAUUUCUCAUUUUCUAGACCUGGCAGAACCUGCCCCGAAUCGUUUCCCCGCUCCUCCUCAAUCCAGUUUCUCGAUCUGCUGAUAUUUGAAUUUCAGAUCCAGGAUUCUGAGAUCGCCGACCAUGGGAUUCCAGAAAGACGAAGCGAGUUCGUCUUCUCAUGUUCUCCACAUACCCAGAGAAGACACCCCGCUGCUCUUGAGUCAACACCCUCUGUCGUCCCCGAGCAAAACCCUAGCCAAUGUCUUGAUGUCAUUAGUCGGGUCAGGCGUGCUCGGUCUUCCGUACACCUUCAAGAGAACUGGGUGGGUGAUGGGUUCUCUGAUGCUCUUCUCCGUGGCCUUUGUGACCUACUAUUCUAUGAUGCUGUUAGUUCAUUCGAGGAGAAAGCUCGAAUCCGAUCCGAAAUCCCCGAAGCUGCCUUCUUUUGGAGAUCUGGGGUUCGCAGUUUGUGGGCCGAUUGGAAGAUUUGCUGUUGAUGUUAUGAUUGUUCUCUCUCAAGCUGGAUUUUGUGUUGGCUACAUGAUUUUCAUAGCAAAUAGUCUAGCUUUCUUAUUCAAUUAUGCCUCUGUGGAACACCCAAACCCUAAAAUUUUGGGAAUUUCCCCAAAAUCUGUGUAUAUAUGGAGCUGUUUUCCGUUUCAACUAGGGUUAAAUUCAAUUCCCACACUUACCCAUUUAGCACCUUUGAGCAUAUUUGCUGAUGUUGUUGAUUUGGGAGCGUUGGGUGUGGUUUUGGUUGAGGAUGUUUUAGUUUACCUGCAGAAUAGGCCCGUCGUCCAGGCCUUUGGUGGACCCGGCGUGUUCUUCUACGGUCUUGGCGUUGCUGUAUAUGCUUUUGAAGGGAUUGGAAUGGUGCUGCCCUUAGAAUCAGAGACCAGGGACAAGGGUAAAUUUGGAAAAAUCUUGGGUUUAUCGAUUGCACUCAUCUCCGUGAUGAAUGCUGUGUUUGGGGUGUUGGGUUACUUUGCAUUUGGUGAUGAGACUAAGGAGAUCAUCACCACUAAUCUCGGGAGGGGUCUUUUAAGCAGUCUCAUGCAAAUUGGUAUGUGUGUUUAUCUUUUGAUUACUUUCCCACUGAUGAUGAACCCUGUUUAUGAAGUGUUGGAAAGGAGACUGUGCGAGGGAAGAUAUUCGAUUUGGCUAAGAUGGUCCGCGGUGUUUGUGGUCAGUUUGGUUGCUCUUUUGGUGCCUAACUUUGCGGAUUUCCUGUCACUGGUUGGGAGUAGUGUGUGCAUUGUGUUGGGGUUUGUGUUGCCGGCUUUGUUUCAUCUAAUUGUGUUCAAGCAAGACAUGGGCUUUCUUGGAUUGGUUUGUGAUGGAACACUCAUUGUUCUUGGCAUAUGUUUUGCUUCCUAUGGGACUUUCUCUUCUCUCCUUGACAUCUUUGCAAUAAAGGCUUAAAGCGUUUCGAUAUUGGGCUCUCAUGCUUGGGAGCAUAGAGAUUGUGUCGGUCUCGUGCGAACGUCUUACUUUUACCAACAUUUGUAGUACUUUUUAUACAUUACACAUUUGUUGGAAAGUAAGGUUUUUGUUUGGAAUGUGUUUGUGUUCUUUGUCAAGAUGUUGCUUGACUGUUUAGUUGUUACAAAGUCAGUUGUAUUAUUCUCUAGUGACUGUCUGAUUGGUUACUUAGCUAGUAAGGCAGUAAAUAGAGUAAGUGUUG